GAGGGCGGGGCCGGAGCUGGGCCCGCUGAUUGGCGGCGGCGGCGGAGCUGGCUCCCUCUCGGCUGCCGCCCAGCUCCGCGCUCCCUCAUCUGUCUGGCCCUGCAUCCGCCGCCGCCGCCGCCGCCGCCGCUCCCCUCGGCUCCCCUCGGCUCCCCUCGGCCCCCGGCUCGGCCCGGGCCCCCUCCCCUUCCCGCCGCCGCCAUGAGCACCAGCCUCCGCUACAAGAGCAAGCUGGUGAACCCAGUGGAGGAGAAGCAGGACCAUGACAAGCAGUACGUGGGCUUUGCCACGCUGCCCAACCAGGUGCACCGCAAGUCAGUGAAGAAGGGAUUCGACUUCACGCUCAUGGUCGCGGGGGAGUCGGGCCUGGGGAAGUCGACCCUGGUAAACAGCCUGUUCCUGACGGAUCUCUACAAGGACCGGAAGCUGCUCAAUGCGGAGGAGAGAAUCAACCAAACAGUGGAGAUCCUGAAGCACACAGUGGACAUCGAGGAGAAGGGCGUGAAGCUGAAGCUGACCAUUGUGGACACGCCGGGCUUUGGGGAUGCCGUCAACAACACCCAGUGCUGGAAGCCCAUCACGGACUACGUGGACCAGCAGUUCGAGCAGUACUUCCGAGACGAGAGCGGCCUCAACCGCAAGAACAUCCAGGACAACCGAGUCCACUGCUGCCUCUACUUCAUUUCUCCCUUCGGGCACGGGUUGCGGCCCGUGGACGUGGAGUUCAUGAAGGCCCUUCACGAGAAAGUGAACAUCGUCCCCCUCAUUGCCAAAGCCGACUGCCUGGUCCCGGGAGAGAUCCGAAAGCUGAAGGAGCGGAUCCGGGAAGAGAUCGACAAGUUUGGGAUUAAGGUCUACCAGUUCCCAGAGUGUGACUCGGAUGAGGAUGAGGAGUUCAAGCAGCAGGACCGAGAGUUAAAGGAGAGCGCCCCCUUUGCUGUCAUAGGCAGCAACACCGUGGUGGAGGCCAAGGGCCAGCGCGUCCGGGGACGGCUCUAUCCCUGGGGCAUCGUGGAAGUGGAGAACCAGGCUCACUGCGACUUCGUGAAGCUCCGGAACAUGCUGAUCCGGACGCACAUGCACGACCUGAAGGACGUGACCUGCGAUGUGCACUACGAGAACUACCGGGCGCACUGCAUUCAGCAGAUGACCAGCAAACUGACCCAGGACAGCCGCAUCGAGAGCCCCAUCCCCAUCCUGCCCGUGCCCACCCCAGACACAGAGACGGAGAAGCUGAUCAAGAUGAAGGAUGAGGAGCUCAGGCGGAUGCAGGAGAUGCUGCAGAAGAUGAAACAGCAGAUGCAGGACCAGUGAUGCAGGCGCAGUCCCUCGUCCGGCUCCCCACGUGGGGGUGAGGAGGCCCGGCCCUCCUCACUGCCCGGGGGCUCCCCCAGGAGGGACCCCCUCACCAGACCCCUAAUUUAUUCUCAGCCCGUGCCGGCCCCCAGCAGGGCCAGGUGCCCCCGUGUGACUCAGGCCUCCCGGACUAGCCCCCCCCCCCCCAGGCUUGGGUGGUGAGGACCGGGACUGGGCUCAGCCCACCCCUCCCCCAUCGGGGGCCUCGCCAGCCCUGCCCCGGCCCCAGCUCUUUGUGCCUCCCCAGCCUCGUAAGGACCAAGGCCCUCUCCCGGGCCCCACUCCCCGUCAGCCUGGCCUGAGGCUCCCUGCAGACCUGGGGGCUGGGGCGGUCAGGCCCCCCCUUCCUUCCUCCUGGGGUCCCCUUCUCCCCCCUGCUGGGAAGGGGGGGGACUAUGGUGCAGGCAGAUAAGGGCUAUGUGGCUCCCUUCCCCCCCUCCCCCCGCCAGCCCUGCCCAUCCGGGGACGGGAAAAGCCAGAGGACUUCUAGGGACAUGGGACUUACUGCCAGAAGCCGCCUUGAGGCCCCGGGGGUGUCCGGGCCCCUCAUUCACAAAUGAGUCCUUGGCGCACAGAGAGCUGGGCCUGGAGCCGGGAAGACCUGAAUUCAAAUACUGCUGCAGAAACUCCCCAGCUGGGUGACUUUGGACAAGUCUCUUAACCUCGUCCUACCUCAGUUUCCUUAACUGUAAAAUGGGGAAAGUGAUAACACCCCCUGUUGUUGGGAGGUUCGUGAAUCAUAUUUAUGAACCUAAAAGCACUAGAGAAAUGCUAGCUGGUAUUGUUACAGAUGGGGAAACUGAGGCUCAGAGACAGAGGGAUCAUAGGUACAGGAAGCAGGAUUUGAAUCCAGGUCAUCUUGCUCCACAUCCUCCUCCCAUGGACCCCACCCCCCAUCAGCACCUCGGCCCAGAGCCCCGUCCCCAGCACUCACGCUCACGGCUUGGCUUCUGCCCAUCUGAGGCUCAGGUCGGGGACGCCUGGGAGGGUGGGGGCAGCAGGAGCCCCCGAAUCCUCCCUCUGGCAGCUUCCAGGGCUCUUUCCAUGCUGAGCCUCCCGGGCUCCUUGGGCCUCUGGCUCUCCCCUAGAUGGGGUAGCCUGGGAGGCCAGAGGGAGAGAGGGGGGAGAUUGUCCACCAGGCCAGCCCUCCAUGACCCUGCCAGCCCCC